CUUGAAAGUUGAGUGUCACCCCAAGCGAGCCGCACCGCCUCUCAUAUAAUAGGCAUCACGGAGUGCGCCCUGACAGAAUCCGGUCGACUAUACUCAAUCCAAGAUGACGGACUCCGCGCGCUGGAAGGCGACCGUGUUCGUGGGUGGGCUGGCUUCGAUCGUGACGGCCUCCAACGUCCACGAUGCCUUCAUCCCCUUUGGCGAAAUCGCUGAUGUGUCGCUGCCGAAAAACGACAAGCCGAACUCAACCGACCCUCACAGGGGCUUCGCCUACGUUGAGUAUGAAGACGCGGAGGAUGCCAAAGAAGCCAUCGACAACAUGGAUCAGUCCGAGUUUUUCGGACGAGUCAUCAAAGUCUCAGCCGCCAAGGUGCCGAAGAGCGCAGACGAGGGUCUCGGAAGCAAGAAGGCUGUUUGGGAACGGGAGGGAUGGCUGGCAGAACAUGCCAUGGGUGAUGAAGACAGGCUCGCAGAAGAGCAAACUACUGAGAUUGAAGUGCGUGGAGACGACCCCAUGCAAGGUCUGGAGGGACUUGACGUCGCCGGACCAAGGCCGGAGUGAGAGAGGGCGACAUGAUUCUGGAAAGGUUGGCUUGAGUCUUAUUGAACGGGCAUAGCGACGGCGUUCACACGGUUCAAUGAUGUAUAAAUGGACCUGAUUUUUUUUCUCUGAACACUCAACGGCUGAGAGGCAUGUUGAGAAAAGAAACUGAAAGCAGCGUCUCUGCUGCCUU